UCGGAACCUGGAGCAGCGGUUUCCGCCUACCAUCUCUUGCCGCACCAGAAUCCCAUAUUAAGAGCUCGCUAAUUAGUAGUGGUUGACAAGAAGCAACAGCGAUGAGCUUUUGCCGCCUAGAACCCCGGGACAAUGGCGUCUUCGUCCUCACAUUGGCCAGCGCCGAUGAGCACAACUACCUGACCGACGAAGCCAUCACGGAGCUUGCCGAGGAGCUCGAGAAAGUCCGGAACAGCCCGGAGGUGAAAGGAUUGGUAACGACCUGCGAAGUCGGCACAUUCUGCGCCGGCCUGGACUACGACCACCACGCGGAGUCGGAGGAGCAGGCGGAGAACCUGGCGAAACGCGUCGCCAAGGUGAUCCGGCUGCUGCUGGAGCUCCCAGUGCCAACCGUGGCGGCCGUGCGCGGUGACGCGAGGUCGGUGGGCCUCGCGCUGGUGCUCGCGCACGACCACCUCUUCGUAUGGGACCAGGCCGUGUUAGGCCUCCCAGAGGCGCAGCGUGGGCGACCGCUGCCGGACUAUGUGCCGACGCUCCUGCGUGACAAGCUGUCGCACGCGCGGCUGCGGAAGCUGCUCAUGCUCAACUCGCAGACGUGCACCGGCAAGGAGCUCACCGGCACGUGGUUGUCCACGGACGGCGCAGACGGCAACAGGCAGGUGGUUCUGGACAAAGCCAUCGACCUGCUACACGAUCUCCAGGUCGGUGAUGGGGCUAAUUUCGCCAAGGCGAGGCAGAUGCUGUGCGCGGAGACCUGCGCCGCAGUGGGAAUCACUCAUGCAGAGCUAGGGAGCCAUAAAGCAGCGGAUCCAUCUUGGACAUUGUUUAGAACAAAAAUGGAUGACCUAGUUCUCAAAGAAGAAGAAGAAGAAGAAGAAGAAGAAGAAGAACAAGAACAACGGUCAUACUCUACGCGUAGCUGUUCUAUGGGAUCUUGAAAUGAGUCCAUGAAGAACCAGGAAAGAAGUCAUGACCACGAAUCAUAAAUUGUCAUUCACUAAUUUGGCGGGGCAACCCGCUCCCGAUCAAUGACACCAUUCCGUUGAUGUGAUACUUAAAAUGGAUUGUAAUAGUGUGGUCGUUAUGUAUCAAAUUAUUGCACUUUCAUGUCAAUUACGGCUUUUCUUUAUGUUUCAUCUAAUAUUGUGAAAUUUCAUUGAACUCUAUGUAUCCGCAAAGUCACCUACAUAAUAAGCGAGCAAACAUUGUCUUGAUAAUUAGAAAUUUGAUAUUUGAGUUUCA